CGCCUGACGUUUCCUUUGCUGGCUGUGGCCCUACUCACCUCUUUUGGGUCCUCUAUGUUGUAUGGCUUCAACCUAGCAGUGGUAAAUUCUCCCUCUGAGCAUAUUAAAGCAUUUUACAACAGCACCUGGCACCAGCGAUAUGGACAGUUUCUCGAGCAAGGUCCAUUAACUAUUUUAUAUUCCUUGACGGUGUCGGUGUUUGCGCUGGGAGGAAUGUUGGGCUCUCUGUUUGUUGGAAUUCUGGUAUCCAGGUUGGGAAGGAAAGGAACAGUGAUAAAGAGCUCCCCAUUGGUUUUCAUUGCCGGAGCCUUGAUGGGUUUCAGCCGGAUUUUAGGGUCCCCGGAGAUGGUGAUCAUUGGACGGUUUAUUACCGGCAUUCACUCAGGUAUUUCGCUCAGUGUGAUUCCUAUGUAUCUCGGAGAAAUUGCCCCAAAGAAUCUCCGUGGAUUUUUGGGUCUGAUGCCAAGUAUUUUCAUCUGCCUGGGAGUGUUUUCUGCACAGGUUCUCGGCCUACCAGAGCUACUGGGUCAGGAUGAGAGCUGGCCCUUGUUCCUUUCCUUGGUGGUAAUACCGACGCUUGUGCAGAUCUCAAUGUUGCCUUUUUUCCCAGAGAGUCCUCGCUACCUUCUCAUCGACAAAAGUAAUGUGCACGCUACAAUAGAUG